CGUAGCCAGCCUAGCCAGCGCCUGAGCCAGUUCGACCAGCACCUUGAGCACCUUGUACACAACUGUGGUGCACACCUUGCAGUCUGCAUAGCUUUCGUUGAGGACUUUCUGCUAAUUUUUGUGGGGGGUCGGGUUAUUCCUGCGUUGAGUGCUUUCAUUCCCGUCGCUCGAGAUGCCCACCGAAAGUCAGCGGGCAGUGUUGCGCGACGGUUUUUCCGGCGGACCGCACGGUGUCGGUGACCCGAACGACACGCGACUUCGUAAUGUGGAGAAGGAAAUACUCAUUCCGCAGAAGAUGCGAGACAAGGCCAGGGACGAGAAAUGCAGCGAUUUAGUUGCCGAGUUUGGUGUGUGCUGCAAGAAGCAAGGACUGCUGCUGCCUUUUUUGUGUCGCAAGGAGAACAAUGCCCUCAAGGCGUGCCUUAAGAAGUGGUACGACGAUCCAGACUUCCGACAACUGUGCACGGAAGAGUACCUGGCCGACCGGAAGAGGUUCAGAGAAACUGGCGUUCGGACAAACCAGAAGCGGAAGGACAAGGUCAUCUAGACCCCGGGUCUGCCGAUGUCAUCCCAGCAGAGGGCCGUCCGCUGUCGAGACGGAAGGUCAACCUUUGGGACGUUUGAAUGAUCGUCAGUCGUGUGUGCAGCCAUGCCCAAAGUAGACUGAUUUCCAGAUGGUGUCUAGAGGGUUCCUUUGUCCAAUGCUAAUUUAAAGUGCGAUAAUGUUUCGUAGCAUCUGGAGACAAAGUAUGGUACUGUCUCUACAGGGACAUUGAUGUAGUCUGUUUUUGGUUGUUACAGGGACGCUGAAAGGAUGUUUAUGCUCGCCGAGGUUUUAGUUGUACAUGACAUGUGGGAGCCCAACUACCCAGAACACAGUUUGCGGCUCGAAAUUUUUCUUUCUGCCUGGAAAUCAUGGAUCAACAAGUGGCCAGAUUGAGUCGCGGUCAGUCUCUUCUCCGUGGUCACGUGCCAGUUUCUAUGGCUUAGACACAACCACCAAAUAUAAUCAGUCGUGUGUCAUUAAAGGCACACUGUCAAUAAUGAAAAAAAUUAAAAUAUUGUUCCUCUUUUUUUCUGGAUUCUAAAAAGCUGCAAAUACAUUGAUUGAAAAAAAAAAAAAAAGCUGCACAAUUACAUGAUUUCUGGCAACUCUCUCCUCCCUCUAUAUUCUUCCUUCCCAGCCCAAUUUCGGUUUUGAGCAGUUGCAUUUUUUUCUUUACUUUAUCGAAAAUAUGCGUGACCCUGGAGCAAAAUAUUGAUUGGGUAGUCUUCCGACACUAAAUCGUCCAACAAAAAACUUUUUAAAUUUGGGAAAGGGAGGGGGGGAGCUGACAGUGUCCCUUUAAAACUAUGGUUCCGUGUCUUCACUAAAUACCGGUAACUCCCAAGGUGGUGGUUUUAUCAAGAUUGGGUAAACCAAGAGACACUAAAUUGAAGCCAUCCUCGAAUAAGAAAAACUCAAGCUUCAGAGAAAGAAGCAUAUAUCUAGUUUUAUUUUGCGUUGACCAAGAACACAGCCCGUACUGAACUGCCCCCAAGGUUGCUGCUUUUUUCGAGGACCACUCGUAUAUCUUGUUUCUUGCUCUCACGAUGACCGAAACCAUUUCCCAGAAUUUGGGGGACAUGCAGUCCCCUAAAUGUCGAGGAAUCCCCCGGGCACGUCCUCUUCAAUGCGAGUCCUUGCAAGUGCAGAUUGGUUUAAUUGACCCCCAGAACAGACCAUAUGCAGAGUGUGUAGCAAAAAUAAACCCUUCAGAAAAUGCCCCCCCCCCAUUCGAAGAAAAAUAGAGCCCGAAAACGCAGAACCCUACUAGUGACGUGUGGCGGACAUGUCCGAGACGAUAUCUACCAAGUUCUAAGCCUAGGGUCUGUCCUUUUCAGCCGUUAUUGCCGGAAGAAUUUAAAAGUAUUUCCUAGGGCAGAGUUACCACUUAAAGUGGUUUGUAAUAUGGAAGGAUGGGAGAACUCGGUCACACGUCUGCCUCGCAAAACGCUUUGAGAGAGUCACUUGAAUUGUUUCCACGUUUGAUCCCAAGCUCCAGUCUGUGCCCCAAGCCAGUUUCAAAUGGACCACAAUUUGUAAACCCUACAUAUAUCAGCUAGGUAUGACUCUAAUCAAUUUGUUUUUGUACCACAAGUUCCAGAAAGUUUUCAAAGAAACAAAUUUUCAGAUCAGCGACAACCAAAAGGUUUCUCAGUGGCCUCAAAGAACUAGGAACUUGUUGCUGUCAUGUCUGUCCAUCAUCGUCCCAUUAAGCUCUGUGAGGUUCAAACGGGCCUCUUCUUUCGAAGAGGACGGCUAAAAUUAAGAACAGUCUCGGGUAGACGGUAACUCACGGAGUGUCCCAUUCAUGUUCGCCAUCGUUGCACGUCCCGAAAAGUGCAGGAUGUCUCUGGGGAUCGUUCAAGCGUUGGCAGUACGAUACAACUAGGGGUAGCCUGAUGAAAGUGUGGUGUUUUAGUUUGGGUGCAUGCUGUAAAUAAAGGAUGCUCGUGUUGCUAAA